AUGGCCGCUGCACAAGUUGAAAAACAAAUAGACAUCAGACAGGCCGAUGAGUGGAGAGGGAACAGUGAGUCACUGGUUAGUGGACGUCUGAAACGAUUCCUGCUUUGUAUUGCUUUCCAUGUUGCAGACGUUUCUUUAGAGAACAACAUGAAAGCCAGAGUCACCUGGAAGCCGUCAGGCCGAAAAACCAUCACCUCUACCAGGACCACCACCACCACCAUCGGUACAUGGAAAGUCUGUACCAUAGAUGAGACUGGGAAGACAGCGCAUGUGGCAGCUGAGAUGAAAAUGUACAACCUCACCAUCUUAGGACUCAGCAAGUCAAGAUGGACUGGGCCUUUGAGACACACAAAGAUUUAUGAGUUACAGCAGAACCGAUUGUGGAGCAGCAGUCUAAAUAGUAAAUAUGUCUUGAGGGAGUUGAAGCUGGUACAUCUAAGUAGUAGAGAAAACAGAUUUAGAGAAGACAGAUUUAGAGAAGACAGAUUUGGAGAAAACAGAUUUGGAGAAGACAGAUUUAGAGAAGACAGAUUUGGAGAAAACAGAUUUGGAGAAGACAGAUUUAGAGAAGACAGAUUUGGAGAAAACAGAUUUGGAGAAGACAGAUUUAGAGAAGACAGAUUUGGAGAAAACAGAUUUGGAGAAGACAGAUUUAGAGAAGACAGAUUUAGAGAAAACAGAUUUGGAGAAGACAGAUUUAGAGAAAACAGAUUUAGAGAAGAAAGAUUUAGAGAAAACAGAUUUAGAGAAGACAGAUUUAGAGAAGACAGAUUUAGAGAAAACAAAUUUGGAGAAGACAGAUUUAGAGAAAACAGAUUUAGAGAAGAAAGAUUUAGAGAAAACAGAUUUAGAGAAAACAGAUUUAGAGAAAACAGAUUUAGGGAAGACAGAUUUAGAGAAGACAGAUUUAGAGAAGACAGAUUUAGAGAAAACAAAUUUGGAGAAGACAGAUUUAGAGAAAACAGAUUUAGAGAAGAAAGAUUUAGAGAAAACAGAUUUGGAGAAGACAGAUUUAGAGAAAACAGAUUUAGAGAAGAAAGAUUUAGAGAAAACAGAUUUAGAGAAAACAGAUUUAGAGAAAACAGAUUUAGAGAAGACAGAUUUAGAGAAGACAGACUUAGAGAAGACAGAUUUAGAGAAAACAGAUUUGGAGAAGACAGAUUUAGAGAAGACAGAUUUAGAGAAAACAGAUUUGGAGAAGACAGAUUUAGAGAAAACAGAUUUAGAGAAGACAGAUUUAGAGAAAACAGAUUUAGAGAAAACAGAUUUGGAGAAGACAGAUUUGGAGAAGACAGAUUUGGAGAAGACAGAUUAUUAAAAGACAGAUUUGGAGAAGACAGAUUUAGAGAAGACAGAUUUGGAAAAGACAGAUUUGGAGAAGAAAGAUUUAGAGAAGACAGAUUUAGAGAAAACAGAUUUAGAGUAGACAGAUUUAGAGAAAACAGAUUUAGAGAAGACAGAUUUAGAGAAAACAGAUUUAAGAAAACAGAUUUAGAGAAAACAGAUUUAGAGAAAACAGAUUUGGAGAAGACAGAUUUGGAGAAGAAAGAUUUAGAGAAAACAGAUUUAGAGAAGACAGAUUUAGAGAAAACAGAUUUGGAGAAGAAAGAUUUAGAGAAAACAGAUUUAGAGAAGACAGAUUUAGAGAAGACAGAUUUGGAGAAGAAAGAUUUGGAGAAGACAGAUUUAGAGAAAACAGAUUUAGAGAAAACAGAUUUGGAGAAGAAAGAUUUAGAGAAGACAGAUUUAGAGAAGACAGAUUUGGAGAAGACAAAUUUAGAGAAAACAGAUUUGGAGAAGACAGAUUUGGAGAAGACAGAUUUAGAGAAGACAGAUUUAGAGAAAACAGAUUUAGAGAAAACAGAUUUAGAGAAAACAGAUUUAGAGAAGAAAGAUUUAGAGAAAACAGAUUUAGAGAAAACAGAUUUGGAGAAGACAGAUUUGGAGAAGACAGAUUUAGAGAAAACAGAUUUGGAGAAGACAGAUUUAGAGAAAACAGAUUUGGAGAAGACAGAUUUGGAGAAGACAGAUUUAGAGAAGACAGAUUUAGAGAAAACAGAUUUAGAGAAAACAGAUUUAGAGAAAACAGAUUUAGAGAAAACAGAUUUGGAGAAGACAGAUUUAGAGAAAGAUUUAGAGAAAACAGAUUUGGAGAAGACAGAUUUAGAGAAGACAGAUUUAGAGAAGACAGAUUUAGAGAAAACAGAUUUAGAGAAAACAGAUUUAGAGAAAACAGAUUUAGAGAAAACAGAUUUAGAGAAGACAGAUUCGGAGAAGACAGAUUUGGAGAAGACAGAUUUAGAGAAAACAGAUUUAGAGAAGACAGAUUUAGAUAAAACAGAUUUAGAGAAGACAGAUUUAGAGAAAACAGAUUUAGAGAAGACAGAUUUAGAUAAAACAGAUUUAGAGAAGACAGAUUUAGAGAAAACAGAUUUAGAGAAGACAGAUUUAGAGAAAACAGAUUUGGAGAAGACAGAUUUGGAGAAAGAAGAUUUCAAAAAGACAGAUUUUGAGAAGACAGAAUUGGAGAAGACAGAUUUAGAGAAGACAGAAUUGGAGAAGACAGAUUAUGAGGAAGUGGCAGUGAACUCUAAGUGA